GCGGCAAUUCAAGUGAAGGUCGAACGGUGCCCCAGUCUGCACGAAGCAACCGUGUGGGAGCUAGCCACUUUUGCAAGGCAUACCGGUACCGUAACAACAGCGGUGUUGGUGAAGUCCCCGGCACCAGCAUCUUGCCUUCACAAAUCAACAUCUUCCCUUCACCUCAAUACAUCGCUUCACCAAUACCUGCCUGCCACCAUGGCCACUCUCCAACAACCGAUGGCUACGCGAGAGAGUCAGACAGCGACAUGCUGUGAAAUCAUUCUUGCUAUCCUUCUUCCUCCACUUGGGGUGUUUUUCCGGUACGCUUGCGGAAUUGAGUUCUGGAUCUGCCUGCUCUUGACCAUCCUCGGUUACAUUCCAGGCAUUCUGUAUGCAAUCUACGUCAUUGUCCGAUAGAACUUGGCCAGGUAAGGCCGUCUGUUUAGGCUUCAGUGGUUGCUGAAUUACGGGUGACCUACAUGAAACUUGGACUGCAAACUGCUCGCAUUUCUGGGGAUCCUAAGAAGGAAGGUGACACGAUGUGGAGCCCAGUAUGCAGAAGACACGCGGUACUGUGUUUCUCGCAUGACAGCGUGAACAGUCAUUGAGCUGUGUUUCGUGCCCCUUUGCAGCUAUGGUUAAAAAACGACGCCCGCUUUUUUGACUGUGAGUCGUGCAGAGGAAGGUGAACUGUAUAUGAUUCUAGCUGCUCCGCCCCUUGAUUUGACAGUAUACACAGCUCCCAACAAGCAGCACGCGCACAUGUACUACUAUAGAAGCUCAGAAAGGUUAUGAGGAGCUUUAUUGGACCUGGAGACAGUCAUUGAGCCACCACGGCCAACUUGAUAGGUCCGCAGAAUCUGCAAACAACAUUUUUCGAAUUUUAGUCUCUGCUGACCUCCUGCAACAAUUUCAAUAAUGGUAUUACUUAUUUUGAUCAUUGACCGUCGUAAUUCCUGUGCAGUAUUUUGGCUUUUACCUCCGCUGUUGUAGAUUAUGCUUCAGACUGCUGAGAUUUGUCGGAGUUCGUAUUGUCAGGAUUCACCUAAUCAGAUUCCCUGGUCAGAUUUGUCGGCUAUAUGUAUAUCAACAGGCUACAUUGCCUUCCUAGUUGGAGGUUGGCAUAUCUUUAAGCUACACCGGGACAUGUGUGCGAAGAGUGCCUAUAAUAGAGGACACAACGUCUACAGAACUAGAGCAGCAUGCGGCAACUACCGGUAUUACUUUUGGAUGCAACUAUAAUAACAACAAUAAACUUGUCAAAGAUGCAAGUUCUCUGUGAUUCUUAGUCUGGCUUAAAAG